UUCUAUUUAAAUGGACUCCUUCCGACCUCUCUUCUCCCCCUCGCCUCGUCGUCUCCCUUCUCAUCGGUGCUGUGUUCUUGCCUCGUUCUCGUCGAUCUUUCUUCGAUUAGGAACAGAUCAAGAUGGAGUACGAGGACCGACACCGACGGGCGCAGCGACGCAAGCACGAUUGCCUGCUCUUCGAUCUGGAUGACACGCUCUACCCUUUGAGCUCCGGCAUCGCAACCGAGUGUCUCAGAAACAUCCAGGAUUACAUGGCCGAGAAGCUCGGGAUCGAGCAGACAAAGAUCCCGGACUUGUCGAAUCUGCUGUAUAAGAGCUACGGGACGACAAUGGCGGGCCUACUGGCCAUCGGCUACAGAUUUGACUACGACGACUACCACAGCUUUGUUCAUGGGCGAUUACCUUACGAGAAUCUGAAGCCUGAUCCCGUUCUCAGGCAUCUCCUGCAGAGCCUUCCAAUUCGUAAAGUUAUAUUUACCAAUGGCGAUAAGGUGCAUGCUAAGAAAGUGCUUGAAAGGCUUGGGAUGGAAGACUGUUUCCAGGGAAUUAUAUGCUUUGAGACGCUGAAUCCACCAUCGUCUUCCUCUGAACAGGAAAGCACAGCAGAUAUAUUUGACAUUGUUGAUCACUUCUCUCACCACAGAACUGGAGCUGAGCUGCCAGAGACACCGAUACUCUGCAAGCCAUCUGCAAACGCCAUGGAACGUGCUCUCAGAAUCGCUCAUAUCGAUCCUCAAAGAACGAUCUUCUUCGAUGACAGCGUUCGCAAUAUCCAGUCGGGGAAACGCAUUGGCUUGCACACAGUACUGGUUGGCACUUCACAUAGGAUUAAAGGUGCAGAUCAUGCAUUGGAGAGCAUCCACAACAUCAAGGAAGCAUUCCCUGAGCUCUGGGAGGAGGGUGAUAAAACAGAGGAUGUUCAUCACCCGGGCAAGAUUGCGCUGGAGACAUCCGUGAUAGCUUAAUUCUUCCAUGAAAUUACUGUCAGAGGAGGAUAGCUAGACCGCUUCAUGAAUGUAAUCAAGGGGAAGGAAAGAGGACAAGCAUAACAUGGAUGAACUUUUCCUCCAAAAAUCCCCUGUUCUGCUGCUACACAUGACUUGUACUCCAUGCUCAGAAAUAAAUCAUUUGGCUAAACGAACAGACAUGCAGAAUGAAUCAUCUGUUCUUGUUUCCUGUUUGAA